AUGCCUACCGGCUGGACAGCAGAACUAGAUAAGAAAGAGCACAAAAACUGGGUAACGGUCGGAUGUGCCUUAAACAUAACAAAAAAUGGAAUUACGCCUCUAAUCCAAAGGCGACUGGAUGCUUGGUACCAGUCACUUAUUUCCAGCCCUCCUCUGCAUUCACUCUCCCCAUGCACCUGUGCAGGUCACUCGUCCAAAUGUGCCACUUGCGCCACAUGGAAGAAGGAGCUUAAGCGCCUCCACAAGUCUCGGCGACCAAAGAUUUUCUGGAACAACAGUGAUAGACAACAAUGGGGAUCUCCUGCUGGGGCGUGGGAGAUAGCAAAAGUCUUCAUGCCAACCCUUGGAAAACGAAAAACAGACGUCAUUGAUGCCAACACGACAGACAUUUCAGGUCUCUUGAACUUAUUAAAAUGGUCUCCUGUUAUCGUUCCCCCAAUAAAGCAGAAUGUAUUAGAUGAAGUACAAGACAAAUGCCGAAAUAGAUGGACGCAUGCUCCAGACCAAGAACUCUCUGAUACAGACGUAAAAACCAUAUUUGGUCUUCUAAGAAGCUUACUGAAUGAGUCCGUAUUUUCUUCUGACAAAGAUGCCCAAUCAUCUUCCAAAGACUUGCAAGACUUGGAGCAAACCGGCCUGGUAAACGCUUUGUCACCUGAAAUUGAAGCCCUUCGUUUGCUCCGUUUAUCAUUGGAAUAUGAUGUGUCUAUCAUUCUGAAUGACAUGGAUGAGGUGAAAAAACAAGGGCUGAUAAACAGAGAGGAAGUGUGCGAACUAAACGAGCAACUAAGUAAGUCAGCAAAUGACAUUUCAGACCUUAAAGAGAACAUCGGAGUUAUUUCAAAGACUAUUGAAGAUUUCAAUUUGCUGAUAAAUGAAAGAGACGACUUAAGAGAAGAAUUUGAACUCAUCAAAUUAGAUUUGAGAAUAAUAUUAAAACGCUUCGAGGAGGAACAAAAUGCAACAAAAUCCCGAGUUGUUUGUUUGCAAAAGGCAGUCAGUGAAGUCAAGGAACAAGUGAAGGUACUGAAAGGUGAUACAAGCCGACCCCGGUUUUUCGCACCGAGUAGACAACCUACGUUUACUGGUCGUAAGUCCGAUCUGAAAUGGCUAGAAAAUAAUUUAAUUGCCCCUAUCAAUAGUCCUGAGAAUGUGUUAAAGAGUGAAUGUCAGACAAAAGCAGUUUGCGGUCUUGGAGGAUGUGGGAAGACGGCUCUGACUGUCGAGUUUGCUUGGAUGAAUAAGGAUUAUUUCCGAGGUGGGGUGUUCUGGAUCAAUGGAGAAAGUGAUGACAACAUUCGUAAAUCAGUUGUUGAGAUGCUAAUUUCUCUUAAGAUUCAACUUCCGAAACCCGAAGAUGCCUUGAGCACGUUCCUUUCCAGGUUGGCCGAUAAUGAAUUUCCAUGGCUCCUAGUAGUUGAUAACACCGAUGAAUUAACAGAUCCAGUGUGUCCCGAAGGUGUGAAAAAGAUAUUUCGCGGAGCCUGGAAAAGAAAUGGCAAUGCAUCUGAGAAAGGGUAUAUAUUGCUAACAACUCGACAAAAUGCAAAAGAAACAACAAAGUUCUUAAAGCAGUCAACAGCAGAUUGUCUGAAUCUACAGUGCCUUGAUGAUAGGGAAGCUGCAUCGUUGCUAGAGCAAAGAACUAAUCCCGAAGCAAAGUCUUCAGACCCGGAUGCAAUUAAUUUAGCAAAAGAACUGGGAUGUCUCCCUCUAGCCCUCGAACAAGCAGCAGCCUUCAUGUCUUCCAGCCCUAUUCCAUGCAGUUUUCAGGAUUAUUUACACACGUACCGGGCUCGUAAGCUUGAGUUGCUGAAGAAACAUGAACCAACAACAACGUUUAGUGGUGAGGAAGCUGAGCAUCGCCUGUCGGUACGCACAACCUGGCUACUUAAUUUUGAAUCUGUUGCCAAAAAAACCAAAGCUGCUGCUAAAGUGAUGCAUCUUGCAUCCUAUUUGAAUCCUGGGUGUAUACCCGUUGAAGUCAUUAAUCCUGGCCGUCCUGAACUGGAUGACGAUGAGCUAAGAGAAAGUGCUCGAUCUGAGAUAGACGUAGCUACCAUUCUCAAGGUGCUCUCGAUAUAUUCCCUGUUCUCAUUCGAUCGUCAGUCAAAAGUGUUAAGUGUACACAAUCUUGUCCAAGAUGUAGUCAGAGACAACCUUUCCACACCUGAAAGAGAAGAAACACUGCUAACAGCUGUUCGAGUUCUUCAAUUUGCCUUGCAAGAAAAAGAAGAGAAUUUGAAGAAAUUAUCGAAUUUUUUUGCUUUUGGAAAAAUGUCAGAGGAAUUGAAGAAGGAAUCGGAUGUCAUCAUUGGUCUCCUCUCCAAUUUACGUCCGUUAAAAGAUCACAUGGACAGGGAACUAACAUCAUCUACAGGGACAGAAAUCCCACUUUUCAUUUUUGAAGGCCUUUCAUUAUUUGCGUUCGCGUGCGAUUUGAUGAAAAAUAUCGUACUAUUCAACGAACUCAAAGCUGACUUGUUGGACUUUCAGCUGAAAAUUGCAGGAAAACGCGGCCUUCGGAUUGAUCCAGAUUUGUAUUUAAAAGUUAUGGUGUUCUCCAGUCAAAGCAAACGAAACUCCCACGCUGCAGAAGCAGAGAAACUGGCUGAGGAGGCUGUUCAGAAACUCGUGGAGAUAGAAAACUGUGGGCAUUCAAUUGGAAACGAUACUAAAUUUGCCGUACGUCAAAACCAUGCUUCCUUUCGAUCGUCCCAAAAAUGUUAUGAAGAACUGAUGGAGCUUGAAGGAUUGCAGAUUAGUGAAGCAAAUGUUGCAGAUCUAAACAUCUCAAUUGCAAACGCCGCGAGACGAGUGCCUUCGCCUGACAACUUUGAAUCUGUUUUAAGCCGUUAUAAGACUGCCCUCAAGAUUGUUAAGAAGAUUUACCCUUCAGAUCACCCUGAGUUGUUGCGCGUUCUUCAGUUGAUUAUUGGCUAUUUGUACCAGGAACACAAAAUUAAAGAUGCACUUCCGUACGCUGAGGAGAUUAUGAGCUUUGUCAACAGUCUACCUAGAGAAUCCGACUGGUUCAUUAAGGGACUGGUCAGUACCUUGAAAGUACUGAGUGUGUUCGAUCCCUGUAGGUCGUACGCUCGGCUAGUGGAUAUUUUUGGUGAUCGUUGGCCGUCGCUAUACACCUUAGUGAUAAAAGAAAGAAGUAGAUGCAUCGGCAAUAAACGAAGCGGAGGUAGUGAAGAACACCUACUUGAAGUUAUUGAAGGGUUGGAGAAAUGUUUCCACGUCAUUUUCAGGGGAUGCUCAUAUGAAGAAUGGCUUACUGGCAAUCAUCAAGUCAACUUUUGCAAAAGAAUCGUGAAGAUGAAGCAGCUUGUCGAUGACAAAAGAAGAGAAAGGUAUGGGAAUAAAUAUCCACCAACAGAAGAUGACAUGUCCUUCCAGCCUCUUGAUGUACGCGAGUUUAUGGCAGAUUUUCCGGUUGUCUCCAAGGAUCAAUAUCACAAAUUAGAAUCUUUGUUGCCUAAAGAACUUAAAACGAACGAUGCUCUCCAACACCGCAAACGUGGAGAAGAGUUGUUCGUGAAAGGAAACUACUUGGGAGCACUAAAGUGCUACGAUCAGUUUUUAGCACUAUCACCAAGCAAGGAGGAGAUUGCAGAGGCUUAUUAUCGGAAGGCUGUUUGCCUUGCUCAUUGUGACAAGCGUUGUCACUCAUUAGCAGCAGCUGCUCUUGCUAAAACUCUCGCUUCAAGUGAAUACAACAGUAUCCAAGAAGUUGUGGAGAAGUUUGGAUGCUAUGACACCGAAGUAGUGAAAACACGCGAGGAUCUUCUCCGCGCCACGAAGAGAGGCACAAGUAAUCUAGUGAUUGUAAUGAUGAAAGGAAGAUAUCAUUUAACAGAACCCUUGAAACUUCAAAGGGACACCAUAAUAGUAGGCCAUGGAGAUGUCCGAAUCAGCACUGCAGCAAAAGGUGUCCCUCUACAAAUGAAUGCAACUACCUUCAUAGAGGGAGUUAAACUAUCACCCCCAACGGCAAAUAUGGCAAAGCUGAUGGAGGAUGCAAAAAAAUGUCUGAAAUGUGGUGAGUUAGAUGAGGCUGUAGCGUACUACACUGAAGCACUUACCCAAGAAACGACCGAUUCAGCAGAGAUUCUUGCAUUGCGAGCUACAGCGCACCUUAAAUGUGCUAAGAGAGUAAAAAACGAUGCGAAUAAACGGGAUUCGUUUCUGGAAAAAGCGCUGAGCGAUUCAGAAGCUGCCAUAGCAGCAGACUCUACUUGUUUACGUGGCUACUUCAACAAGGCAACCAGCUUGGCGAAACAAAGAAGGAAGGAUGAAGCCCUUGUUGCUUCGGCAGUGUAUCAUCACUUGAGCCAAGGUAAGAACAUCCGGGAAGUCACCAAACGUUAUGGCAAAAUUCACGUUUUUGAAAGUACGAGGGCGGAUGACCUUCCCUUUAUCGUUGAUAGCUUUGUGUGUAAACGUUCUCUAAAGAAAGCCGUUGUAAAGAAAGAUGAAUUGGACUCGGGAACAGCUUUUUUCUAUAACUCGGAAGAGACCCCACACUUCAAAAUCUGCUUCUUUGAGUUUACUACUCUGAUGGCUGCUGCGAGAAUGCUUAAAGAUGUAAACAACUUUAGUUCUAGGACACUACAAAAAUGCGAUGAUCCUCAAUCUGCUGUUGCACGUAAAGGUUCCAGCCCCAGCAGAAUUAUUUUGAUAAAAGAUGGUAAAAACUUCUUGGUAUCAGCAGUUGUAAUUGGCAAGGGACGCCUACUUUUAAAAGAAAUUGAAAAAUUUUUGCCCUGUCCACAAGAAUGCCGAAGAUCAGUUGAUAUUGGAUCACGUGAAUCAGAAUCAGAGCUGGAUGAUGAAUCAUUCCGCCCCACUGAUGAUGAAAGAGCAAGUUUGCCCUCUUCACUGUCCCACCUUUCACAAACGGAUAAAAUCUUUUAUCGCGUUGAACGCCGCCAUCCAAAAACAGUUCUUGUACUCAAAUUUAUCAUAAUAUUUGUAUUAAUAUUCCUAAUUCCUUUUUCUUCAAUGCAAUAUAAUCGACCAAGAAGGCAUUAAUCUUCCUUAUUGGAAGCUGCUCUGUUUGAAUCAAGUUUGUUGUGAUCUAUAGAGGAAAUUUAGAUGAUUAAGUGUACUACUUCCAGCUUUCUCUUACCCUCAAGGAGUUGGGAGCACAGCAGCUGCGUGAAUAAUCUCGCGAAGUCCAUUAUCUCUACGUGGCCGAGCUAUCUCAGGUUUAUCUGAGUCCGUAUGUCAGCCAUUGCUGAGAGACUUGUCUUCUUCAAAAUCUUUUUGUUUGUUAGUCUUUCCAAGAAAUGAUGUUCAUUAUCUCAUUGAGAUGGCGCAUCAUAUAGGCAUGUAAGCUUCUUCACUUGUGACUAGUAAAUGGUCCAAGUCUCCUCACCAUAAAGGAGUGUGCUAAGCACAACAGCUCGGCAUACCUCACAUUCACUUCUGGCGGGGACAACUCGAUUCUCCACAGUCUUUCUUGAAGUUUCCCAUACGCAGCACUAGCGACACUAAUUUUCAGAAUGAUUUUCUGGUCGAGUCUUGUUGUUUCCGAGUCUGUACUGCCGAGACAGAUGAAAUUCUUGUACAUCGAAAUUUGGAUUAUGGAGUGUAAAUUUUUACAUUUAGAAAACAGAAGCAAUAAUAUUCAUCUCAAGACACCUCCUUACACGCCAGAUGGAAAUUCUCGUAUCAGGAUAAGGGGAUGCUUAUUCAACUUGUGACGUCUGGACAAGUGAAGAAAUCGAUGAUCUGCCUAUUUUGGUCUGGACGAUACUCUGCAUCCAAUAUGGCCAAAAGGACAAACGAACUUCUCCAGAAUAUAUCGUCUUAUUGUCAAACAAACGAGUGAUGAGAAUCUCUAUCAUGGAAUUGAAGUUUUCAAGAGCGCCGAAUUCUACACACAAUAUAGAUUGACUUGCUUAGCAACUGAUUUACAUCCGCGAAAGGAUGGGGGUGAUCAGUAAGUUUUGCGGAACUACAACAACAAGACUCCACUCGAUUGUUAGUCAGUGUAACGUGGCGCAGAUGUAAAUAUCAGCCUUCCCAAAAUGAUGGUCCGUGCGCAGUGCGAGAGAGGAACUUUCCGUUGUGACUGCAAAUCAAGAGAUACCGGGACACGGUGCUAAAUUCAAAGUAAGAUUGUAACAAUAAUUUUUUUCAUUUGUUACCUUAUGGCAAAUCUUUAACGUCUUUACACUUAGGAACUGGUCAUUAUUUAUGGGGGGGGGGAGAUUUGGCGGUCUUUGGUGGUGUCACGAUGAAUUUGAUCUGAUUCCCCCAUAAGGUUCUUUAAUAUUCUUAUUUCCCCACCCCCCCCCCUCAGUGGCAGUUAAUUGGCAGUCAAUUUUCUACAGUCCUCCCUCCAUAGUAUGUUGAUAUCGACUGAUACCCUCUCCGUUCUCCCUGAAAGCCAUGUGAUCCCCUCCCCCCCAAAAAACAAAGUUCUUCAAACGCCUCCCCCCACGAUAGAUAAUGAGUGGUCCCUUAAUUUUUUGUUCGAUCAAUCAACGCGAUUACUUGUGUUUUGUAACAUGUCAAGUUGCAGUAGAUAUGUCAAGUUUGACGUAGGAUUCGCAAUAGAUGGCUCAGUUUAAUCGACGACAGUGAAUACCGUCAGACCAAAGAUUUUGUCAAAUAUUUCAUCAAGGCUUUUUCUAUCUCAUAAGAUGGAACCCACGUGGCUUUGCUGCAGUACACGACUAAAGAAAGUAUCAAAAUCUACUUUGACGAGUGGUUCGAUCCAGACAAGCUUCUAGACGAGUUGAAAAGAUUAAAGAAUACCAGGGGUGGCUGGACUGAUAUUGGAGAUGGUCAAGUGAAGACGUUGGAUUUGUUCUCUACCCGUGAUGGAAUGAGAGGCGAUGAUGUAAGUAGUGUACUUUCUAACUCAUUUUUUUGGUCUAGUUAUGCGACAACACGUUGAGUAGACGAGAUAAAAAAAGUUGAAUGAUGGACAGCCUUAGAAGAAAUAAUUAUUCAAUUUGUGGAAGUCUAGAAAAUACGCAAUGAGAAUUUUCAGUUGUCGUGACUGACUCAAACGUCUCGUCAAAUGUAUGGAUUAUUGAAUUAUUUAGCAAUUUCUUAAUGUUGAGAUAUUUUUGAAAAUUACUUACAUCUGUUUUGUCUUUUUUGUUUCCCAGCCCAAAUUCCCCCGGCUGUUAAAUAGGAAAUUUGUUACAUCGCUGUAAAGAUUCUACGUGUGAUGAACUGUUUCUUUAAAAAAAUGUUAACUUAGGUGUAAAGCAUUUAAGAAAACAAAGAUUUUCACUAUCUUAAAAUAUGGUGGGAAAUAUUGGUGUUUUAUCAAUUUUUUAAAAAUUGUUUACAUUAUUUAAAGUAAACCGAACAGGGUAGCAACAACUGUUACUUCACAACUUUUUUCGGGCAAUUUUGUAUAGCAUGAAUUGUAAUUAAGUGAUGGCAAAGCGCAGACAAAGCUCUUGCGUGGUUUUUUUUAUGUUAACCCUUUACAACCUAACAUCAGAGCGUAUAUUCUCCAUACUGCUCUCUGUACAUUUCCUAGGGUGCUGACAAGGAGAAUUUGUUUAACAAUCAAGAGCCUCUUUAGUUGAUGAUCAUUUCCUUUUUCCCGUGACCUAAAUGUCAUAUUUAUGGUGGUCUUGUUUUCGCCGUGUUUUUGUUUUUUGUGGGUGCAUCUGUUUGUUUUUAUUUUGUUUUGUUUUUUAUUUUUUGAACUAACAGAAUUACUCUGCAUUUGAGGGUCGAUGGGCCAAGCUGAGCAAAACAGUGAAAGAGUGAUGUUGUCAUUUUUUUUUUCUCAAAACAUAGGGAGUGUCUCUACCUGCUCAAAGGUACUGAGACCUUCUCUUCCCCCUUUUUUCAUAGCAUAAUUUUAAAAACUGAUGGUGAGGCCCCAGCAAUGUUGAUUUGCGUUACAAAUAUUUAUUGUUUAUUUCAGUUAUGAGAGGAUGUCUUCGCAUUUUAAUUGUGCAUACAACCUCGAAUAGGACAAUUUUCAUAAUAAAUGAUCCAUGGAAUACCAUUUCAAGAUUUGUGAUGAGAAAAUAAAACUAUUUCCUUCCGGU